AUCGACGAAGAUGGGGACCUGGAGAUCGUAGUUGGCGCAGGUAGGGCCACGCAAUCCUUCUUUGUCUGCGCAAAGACGCUUGCCCGGUACUCACUUGUUUUCAAGAGAAUGCUAUUCGGUGGCUUCAAGGAGUCAAAGUCGUCCGAAGAUGAUGGUGCCGAUUGGGCGGUUGAGCUUCCAGACGAUGGCGCAAAACCUUUUCAGAUCCUUCUUGACAUCAUUCAUGGAUGGUUCGAUCAGGUCUCCAUGCUACUCACUCUGAAAGACCCGACUGCGCUUCUCGUCUUGACCGACAACUACACUGUCACAUUUCUCACCUGUCCUUGGGCU